AUGGGGAAACUGCACGAUGGAAAGACAAAGGAAAUCGCGCAAAUAUGUCGACAACUUUAUUACAUGUUGUGGAACAGAUGCUACCUCCACUGGCUAUUCUCGCCACGGCCCCGGACUCCUGGACCUGGACUCCUGGCCCCAGAGACUGGCCUGGGAAGAGAUGAGACCAAGACAAACCAGGAGUGCAGCCAGUUUGGAGCGGCAGAUGAAGAGCUGGCUGUUGACUGCAGACACAGCAGCUGGCAGGCAGGGGGCGUGGGAGGGGAACAGUCAAGUACAAUAACCCACAGGGACAGAAUCGAGAAGGGCACGGACGGAAGGACAAGAGAGGAUUGGAGUUUGGCUCCGACACAGGCGGCGGAGGAGGUGGGCGGUGAAUCUGCACAGUGUGAAACUGGAGACGGGGAGGAUUGGAAAGAAGUGACACGGCUUCAGACGCUGUUGGGAGAGUUUGUUUUUCAUAUCUGA